UGUCAGUCCAUCCGUCAGCAGCAGCAGGAAAGAAGAACUGGGCAUUGAAACAUCGACAAAGGCAUUUCGAAACGCUCCGCAACAAAAUGUGACACCAGGCAGAGAGAUGUUCCUGGGCCGGGACUAGGAAGGUGCAGCAGAUGGACGCCACGGCUACCAAUCUAAGGAGGCCAUUUUGUUAGAAACGUGGCUGGAUUUCUGAGCACGGAGCAGUGAUGAUAGCGGAACCAGAGUUGUCCAGCAGGAUCUCCCUCCAAAAAGAGAGCGAGAGCCACUCUGAACCUGACAAUGAUCUGGAGAAUCAGAGACGGGGAAGUGAAGGCUCCUUGUUGUCAUGGAAGAAGAGGCGGAGGGAUCAGUCCGAGAAAGGCAGAAGGCGAUCAUCAGUGUGUUCCCGGAAGAACCGAACCAGUGGACACCGCCAGAGGGAUGAAGAGUUUGAGGCCGUCACACUGUUUGAAGUGGUCAUGAUGGGGAAGAGUGCAAUGCAGCCUGUUGUCAAUGACUGGAUUGAAGAGUAUAAACAAGACCGAGACACUGCGCUCCUGGAUCUCAUCAUUUUUUUCAUUCAGUGUUCAGGAUGCAGAGGGAUGGUUACAGCUGAGGUUUUUCAGAACAUGCACAGUCCUGACAUUAGGAGAAAAAUGACUGAGGAAUUUGAUGAGGAGACUGGCUUGCAGUACAAGAAGUUCAUGGUGUACCCCUGGAUCCUAAAUGUUACAUGGCCGCUGGACCUGGACAGUGGGGAUUACCCCCUUACAAUGUCAGGACCCAAUUGGAAGAAAUUCAAGUCCAAUUUCUGUGAAUUUCUCUCUGUGCUAAUUCAGCAUUGCCAGUACACUAUCAUACAUGAUGAGUACCUGAUGGAUACUGUGAUCUCCCUGUUGACUGGACUCUCAGACUCCCAAGUGCGAGCCUUCCGACACACAAGUACGCUUGCAGCUAUGAAACUAAUGACAGCCUUAAUCAACGUGUCUCUGAGUCUGAGAGUACAGUUACAAAACUCUCAGCGACAGUGUGCAGUUGAGAAGAUUGGUCAAAGACCCAACAGGAGACUGGAAACAUACUUGCAGAAGAAAAAAGAGAUCAUAGAAAAGCAAGAAAAUAUUGAAAAUCUGAUGAACGCCAUUUUCAAAGGAAUCUUUCUUCAUAGAUAUCGUGAUGCAUUACCUGAGAUCAGAGCUAUUUGUAUUGAAGAAAUAGGAGUCUGGAUGAAAAGCUGCAGUGAUCGUUUCCUGACUGACAGCUACUUGAAAUAUGUAGGAUGGACUUUGCAUGACAAACAAAGCGAGGUGAGACUGAAAUGCCUGAUUGGAUUACUGGGCUUGUACUCUGACAAAGGGCAUUGUUCAAAAAUGGAUCUUUUCACCUGUCGUUUCAAGGAUAGGAUCAUAUCAAUGACACUGGACAAAGAAAGUGAAGUAGCUGUUCAAGCAAUUAAGGUGUUAACUCUCAUGUUGCAGAACUGUGACGAGGUGUUAACUUCAAGAGACUGUGAGCAGUUGUAUCACUUUGUUUAUUCAGCACAUAGAGCCGUGGCUUUGGCAGCUGGUGAAUUCCUGCACCGAAAGUUGUUUUGCAGUCAAGAGUCUGAAGUGCAAGAUGAAAUGCCUGAGAGAAAUGAAAAACCCAUCCGUAAUCUCAACCACAUCAGGACUCUAGUUAACUUCUAUCAGGAGAGUGAGGAUAGUGCACGGCCAGCCUACCUCGUUGACAGUCUCUGGGAUUGCUCAGCAUUCAUACUGAAGGACUGGGAGUCCAUGACGGCUUUAUUGCUGGAGGGCGGUGACUCUGAAGAGGAAGCUUUGACUCACCUACAGAAGAAAGCAUUGGUUGAAAUUAUGCUGAGCACGAUACGACAGGCUGCAGAGGGCCUUCCUCCUGGAGGCAGAUGUUUAGGGAAGAAGGUUCAAAUGAUGAAAGAGAGAAAAUCACUGACUGACGAUCGGGCCAAGCUUACUGAACAUUUCAUUGUGAUACUUCCACAGCUCUUAGCUAAGUAUUCUGUUGAUGGAGAGAAAGUGAUUACUGUCAACCUUCUGCAAAUACCUCAGUACUUUGACCUGGAGGGUUACGGCACUGCACAGCUCGAGAAGCAUUUGGGUGCCUUACUGAAGCAGUUGAAGGAAAUUGUGGAACAGCAGACGGAUUCUGAAGUCUUGGAAUUCUGUUCGAAGGCAUACCUUGUUCUCAGUAAUGAAGACCUGGCUACUCAGGGCCAAGUAGAUUCUGCAAAAAUUCAACUGUUUGACCAGCUUGUGGGCAAGCUCAAUGGGAUGCUGAAGGACUUCCUUCAUAAGGGGGACGGAUUUGGUGACCGAGAAUCUCACCAGAUGUGGUCUACAUUGAAAAGAAUCACAACCUUCCAUAAUGCUCAUGAUAUAACUCGAUGGAAUCUGCUAAACAGCACCUGUAAACUGCUGAAGAGUGACUUGGAGAAUGGCAAUGUAUCCGAGCAGAUUAUCAUUCAGGCAAUCCUGUGCAGCUAUUACUAUAUCAUGUGGCAGCUGUCAAAGGUAUCUGAAGGCACUUCCUCUAAGAACAUGCAGGAGUCGCUGAGGAAGCAGAUGAGGGGGUUCUGCCACAUUUGCAGACAGUACCUAAGUAAUUCCAGCAGUACUGUCAAAGAGCAGGCUUUCAUCAUCCUUUGUGACCUCCUGCUGGUUUUCAGUCACGAGGUCCUGUCCAGUGGCUCUGAAAAGACUGAGCCAUUUGCAUAUGUCCCAGACUCCUCCCUGCAGUCGGAGCUGGUGACCUUCGUCCUGGAUCAUGUUUUCAUCGCCCGAGACAGUGAGCUUAUUGACAAAGAUGACGAAUGCAAAGUAGGCAAAUUGCACAAGAGGAGAAAUCUUCUUGCUGCUUUCUGUAAGCUAAUAGUGUUCAGCGUGGUGGAGAUGGAUGUGGCUGCUGACAUCUUCAAACAGUACAUCAAGUAUUACAUCGACUACGGAGACAUCAUUAAGGAAACACUCAGCAGGACGAGGCAGAUUGAUAAAAUUCAGUGUGCAAAGACCUUGAUCCAGAGCUUGAAGCAGCUAUUCAAUGAGCUAUUGCAAGGCCAAGGUUGCAGUUUGGACAGAUGGUCUCAACCCUUCACCAGCAUCAAGGAUUUGGCCCGACGUUUCUCACUGACAUUUGGCUUGGACCAGUUGAAAACCAGAGAAGCGAUGGCCAUGCUGCAUAAAAAUGGUAUUGAAUUUGCCUUCAAAGAUGACAAUACCAAGGGUAAGAAAGAGCCUCCCCUGAACCUGGCUUUUCUGGACAUCUUGAGUGAGUUUUCCCCAAAGCUGUUGAAAACAGACAAAAGAACUGUGUACAAUUACUUGGAGAGGUUUGUAACAGACCAAAUGGCAGCAGAGAGUGGAGAGGAGUGGCUUCCGCUGAUUUCGUACAGAAGGUCCUUGUUGGAUUGUAGAGAUGAUGACACAGUAUCCACAAGCAGUAGUGACAGGAGUUUACCGUCUCCAGUACAACAAAAGUCCAAAACAACGUCUCUGAAAAGGAAACUAGACACUGAGGACAGUGUAAGUCAUACAGGACUGAAUGAGGAUCAGAGUGUGAAGAUCUCACCCAGUUCCUUGACGCCUCAGUCCGUGGCACUGAGAGAAAAUGAGAAGCGGGCGAGCCGAAUGGACAGUCAUAUGAAGGAGCUUCCUCUGGGAAAGGAUGGGAUGCAGUCACUCUACAGUGAGUAUGGGACAACAACAAUGAGAAAGACAGAUGAGCUGAUGGAAGAAGAUACAGCAAAAUUAGUCGCGGGUGACCUUGACGAUUUGAAUGAAAUAUUGGAUAUUGAUAAUGACUGACACAGACCUGGCUCCAAUGAUGUGAAUUACAGUAAACUUUGUGUUAUCCGGCACUCCUAUCAACUGGAAUUCUCUACUAACUGGAAUUUCUAUCGGGUCUGUUUUUUGACUGAGAUGUCUUUCAUCCCUCAGAAGCUGGCGCUAAUAUUUGUUCCCGGUCAGUCCCCCUCUUACACAGCCACCAAAAACUCACUGAUAGUUGUUAUCCGUGGCCUGCCCUCACUCUGGAGCCUCCCACUAUUCUAAAACACCAUUUUCCCUUGGCACUGCUCACUAGAUUCACUGCUCCCGCUCCUCUUGCAAGUCUUCAACACCCGCAUCACCACGAGGUCACCCAGGAGCUUUCUGAUUGGAUGAAAACAUGGAACUCUCAGAUAACCGACAUUAUUAUUAUUAACUUGCACCGCCACUUAUGCCGGAGAAUAGAAAACUUACUAUAUUUCAAGGCAUUGGGAGACUUUCUGUGCUGACCCUUCUCAUCAUAAGAAUUUGAAGAACGUUUUACGCUCUUUAAAGAGAAUUUUCAUGAUACAUGUUUGGAGAAUUUGAAAAAGCAAUCUAACCAGUUGGUGAUAAAUGUUACAAUGUCCAGGAAGAAAACACAAGAGGUUUACCAUGCAGAGUGCCACCUCAAGAGUGAAAGAAGUACAUUCUCCUGACCAACGUUAGUUCUUUGAGGACCUAAUAUUUUCUGGAGCAAGAACUUGUUUCUCCCUCACAAAAACAUUUGAAAAUGUCUCAAUGUACAAGUUUAGUGUGUUAUAAAAACAUAAAAUGCUGGAAAUGCUUAGCAGCAUCUCUGGAGAGAGAAACAAGAGUUAACGCUUCAGGUCGACGAUGUUUCAUCAGAACAGAUCCUCCGCAGUAUUUUGCUUUUGUAUAAGUGUAAUGUGUAGAUCACCUUUGAGUUACACAGACCAGGACCAGUAUUAGAUUUGAUCCCUGGUUUGUUCUGAGUUACGUGUGUAAGCUGCAGCUGGCCAUGAAUACUACGUAGACAUUCACUGUCCACUUUCACAUGUGAAGGCUGGUGACCCAGAUCAAGGAAUAGAGCGCCGCCAUUAGCAUGGAAUCAUAUUUUCAUCACUUUUAGAGAAGCUGUAGAAAAAAGGAAGCAAGAAUGAGAGAAAAUGUCAGGCAGUUCAAUGGAAUGUCAAAGCCUAGUUAAGUAUUAAGAAUUUACAAAUCAUGAAUUGAAUGCCAUACAAUGAAAUGUGAUUAAACUCAAUCCAGAUGCCA